UCCUCUCCUCUUCCCCCAAAAGCUCAUACUCUCACCACCCCUCCAGAAAAGAAAACCAGCCUGGUUUUCUGAGCUCCACACCAAACCAUAAAAACAUCACUCUUCCUUUUUCAAGCUCCCACCUCAAAAAUGCUUGCCUUUCUACUCCCAUUCUUCUCCUCUUCCUCCCUCACCCUCACCCUCACCCUCACCUCUCAUGAACCCAACUCCCCUUCCAUGUCUUCUCUGGUCACAUAAAAGUGGGCUCAGCCAGUGGUGGAGGAGAUGGACUUCGGUGGGGUGCUGGGCAUGGAUGCUCUAGUGGGCGCGUCUUCCGAAGGUGGUGGUAGCCUCUUCUCCUCCUCCUCCACCACCUCUUUGGCCCCCUCAGACACUGAACUCGGCAGGCAAGGAGGCCUCCGUGGAUCCAUCUUGCAAAAGCAUGAUAGGCCUGCUGCUGAACCUGAGGACUGCGACUGGAGGUCCCUGAAGAUGGCCAGACCUGAGGAGUUGGUAACAGCACCCACAAAGGCAGCUCCUUUCCUCCUCAGAUCCAACUCCCAUCCCCUCUUUCCUGAUGGAGAGCAGAUGCUCAGCUUCUCCUCAGCGUCACCGCCUUCUACGACACAAUGUUAUAUUGGGAAUGCAGGCUCGUCUCCUGGAAGCUCUAAUGCGAGCAUGCAAGGUGUUCUGGCGAGAUUGAGGGGGCCCUUCACUCCAUCUCAGUGGCUGGAGCUGGAACACCAGGCUUUGAUCUACAAGUACCUGGUUGCCAAUGUGCCCAUACCGGCCACUCUGCUCAUUCCCAUCAGGAGAAGCCUCGGUGCUUCCGGAUUCCCUCCCUUGUCAGCUGGAUCUUUCGGUUCAGUAGGAUGGGAACCAUUCCAUCUAGGUUAUUCUGGAAAUGCUGAUCCGGAGCCUGGUAGGUGCCGUCGGACUGAUGGCAAGAAAUGGCGGUGUUCGAGGGACACGGUUGCUGACCAGAAAUACUGUGAGCGACACAUGAACCGCGGCCGCCAUCGUUCAAGAAAGCAUGUGGAAAACCAGACUGGCAUUGCCGCAAAGGCGAUGCCCACCACUGCAUCUUCCCAAUCAGCUUCAGCUGUUCUUGGUGGAGCUUCAACUAAUACCCUCACCAUCUCACUGCAGCAGAGUAAAAGCUUGCAGUCAAAUAUCACUGAUCCUUGCCCUCUGCAGUUCAAUGGGCUGCUGAUGAGCAAAGGAGAUCAUAAUGUUUGUUCGCUGAAUUCAAAAAGCCUGUCCGCGGCAAGUCCUGUAAACCAGAAGCCCGAUAGUGACAUACUUCCUCCGGUCUCAGAUCAACACAAUCCCUUUGAGGAGACAUCAUCUCGAACAGAAUUUGGUCUCGUUUCACCUGAUUCACUUUUGAACCCUCCAAGCAUCUCAUUCUCCGAUAACGUCGAUUUCAUGGCCACCCCAAAGCUCGAUGAACAGCAGAUCCAAUCCCAUCCCUUUCGACACUUCAUCGACGACUGGCCCAAAACCCAAUCCGUUCGUUCAACUAUCACCUGGCCUGAGGUAGACAAAACACAAUCCGAUAGAACCCAACUCUCUAUCUCCAUCCCAAUGGCUUACUCUGAUUUCUCAUCUUCCUCAUGUAAUCAUGACAAACCGGCGCUUUCACGGCCAAAGUUAUCGAGGGAAUAUGAUGCCAUCCAUAUGCCAUCACGACAAGCUAAUUGGAGACCGAUCCCCUGGGAGGCUUCCAUGGCUGGGCCACUAGGGGAGGUUCUGACCAGCACCAAGAGCACCCCCAAGGACCAAAGCAAGAACCGCUCAUCAUCAUCUCUGAACCUCUUGACCGAAGGCUGGGACUCAAGGUUGGAAUCUUCACCGACCGGCGUCCUACAUAAAACUUCGUUCGGUUCCCUGUCUAACAGCACUGGAAGCAGCCCCAGCGCAGAGAACUCCAAGACUAAUGAUAGCACUGGCAGCCUGUGCAGUGGCCUCCUCGGCUCGACGUUGUGAGAGAUGCUUGUUGUGACCUUCCGAAUUAAGUGCAAGAAGAAGAAGACAUCAGAAAGACAAUGAGAGAGAUGCUUGUUGGUAACCAGUGGUGGUUUUGCUAAGCAAGAACUUGGAACCAUAAGUCUUAGCUCUGUAGUUGGUGUUGUUCAUCUGUUGUUUUGUUUGUGUAUGAUAUCAUCCAGUCUCCACAAACAGCUCUGGAAGACUUCAGUUUGAGCUUAAACUGCCCGGUGUUUGUUA